CAUGGUAUAUAAAGACAAGUUCAAGGCAACUACAGUUUCAGAUAUUUUUCAUUGACUGUGUAGAUAACAGGUGCCUGCCAUAAGAAGUUACAUUAACGAGAUCUAAGAAAAAGUUUCAAUUUUCACAGAAUGACGGCGAACAACCCAGUUGGAUGGAUGAUUCUCUAUUUAUUCAUUUUCAAUCUUACUAUUGCACAAGCAUAUCCUCAAACAUUAUCUCAAGAGCCUCAACAGAUAAAUCCCUCACAUUACGUGAACUCACAGAUAAAUAGGAAAUUUGCUGAAAAACCUAAUACUGUCAAAAAAGUUGCGUUAGAAGAUAUUGAUGAUAUUCAAACAAAUCAAAUUCAAGAUGUUGGGUUUUCUUGGUCGAAUAUGCUCGGAAUGUUAAUGCAGAUGAUGUUCAACGGUGGUACCAACGUACCAACGAAAUCUGAUGAUAUAGACAAUGGAGGUACAUAUUCACAGUCUCCUUGGGCGAAUGUAAUAUCUGUUGGGCUUAAAAUAAUCACAGCCCUUCUUGGUGGUGGAACCAACGAUGGCAUCGACAAAGUAGAUAACGGAAGCUCUCCAAUGCAGAACGUGCUCGCAGCUGUGUUCACUGCAAUGUUUGGUGCAAAGGAUCCGGAUCAAGUAAAUACCAUGGCAAAACAAGCUGGAGAGUUUAUCAACAUUGUUGUCAACUUGCUGGAUGCAUUAAAAACAUCCUUCUCACAUCGAUCUCUUUCGGCGAGAAAUUUAGGAAGAAAGGAUUCAUUGAGUGAUGCGACGAUAGCUGGAAUAACUGUACUAAAAACAUACGCCAGGUCAUACGAGAAAGCCGAAGAUAAAUGUCUACUAAAAUAUAUAUGUGAAGCUAAUAACGAUUGCGUGAACGCUGUAGGCGGAUCAAGUAUUUUCUGUCAACUUGGAAAUUACGUGACGAGCUACAUCAUUGAAAGGACAACUGCUAAAUCUUUCGAGAUUCUAUACGAAGCUGGAAGAAACGGACGACUUGGAUUAGACUGUCGACAAUUGUAUUUAGAAUGCAAUGAAGUUUAAGCAGUCAGCAUUUCUGUUGAAUGUGUGCUCUUGUAGUGAAAAAUAUUUCAAACAGGCUGGUAGUAAACCAUACACUAGAUAACGUUACCUUGCUUAGCUGAAAUUAUAGACUACAGAAAGCAUGGUUUGGAUGUCAUCCAGCAUGGUGGGAAGACCAUCAUGAAAGCAAUCUAGAAAUCAUUAGUUUGUUCAACACUAAUUUUUAUGUGCUCAAACAUUGCUUGAAUAACCAAGUCUGAAAAAAUAUUCGACUGCACAAACUAUUAUGGUUUGAAGGUGUCGAAAUUGAUUUUAAUAAUACGAGCUACGUAUUGUAUAAUUAUCGUCACACAAGAAUAUAAUAAAAAAUUUGAUUGAAUGCGGCUGUUGACGUUUGCAUAGUCGAUGUAACUACUAACAAUAAUUUUAACUAAAUAAUCUCAGAGUUAAAAAACGUACUUAAAGGAGGCUUUUCGAUAAGUUAAUUGUUUUCAUUCCAUUCAAAAAUAAAAAGAACUGUAUCCUAAACACGGCCGCACCUAAAACUAGACUACUGUCUGCCGGGGUGAGAUUAUGUCAGAAAAGCAUACAUUUUUGUUCCUUAGCUUGUAAUGCUCACAUUUAAGCAAUGAAUUCGAUCUAAAUCACGUCAACACACACUUAAAUGUUUAGUUAACAACUGCCGCAAAUAUGGUUAAGUUACAAUAAACUAAAAAUACAUGAACAUUGGCUCAAUCUCGUGCCUUCUAUGGGGUGACAUUAUGCCGAAAACAAAAAAUUGUGUUUAAUAUCUGGAACAGUAAUGUAUCUACGAAUAAUACACAUGAAUAACAUUAUAAAAUAGUACGUAUAGGGCCGACCAAAAACUACGUGGACUAUUGGGGUGCUGGAGGGGGCCAACAAGAAAUUACGUUUCAUACAAAUUAUAAAAAAUUUAUGACCGGAUCAAUUUGAAGGAUAGGGAAACAUUUAAAAUAACCAGUAAUGAUAACAUGGUUUACCGACAGCCUCUAUACACAGUGGCGUCUCCAGUUUUCUCAGAAAGGGAAACAAUUAGGACGUGAAGCCUCAGAAGACCUUUCUUUUCAAUUAUUAUUUGUCUUUCUCCGUUGUAUACUCCAUUGAAGAUACCCAUUACCUUCCUUCCUUUCUUUGGAAGUCAUCAGUUGAGAUAGGAUUGGGGUACCAUGUCACAUUCCAUAAUUAAUAUGAGUCAUUGUAAUUUUCCAUCUGGAAAUUCUUAGCCUACAGUUCUCCGGCUUUUCGUCAUUAUCAAUUUAAAUAAUACCAUAGCUAGAAAACCUACCCUAUGAAAACAAUACGAGUGUAUUGGUGUACACUGAUAUAAUUUUGAUGUCAAUGUGAAUUUCGCACACCGCACCGAUUUCAAGUUUGGAACAAUCUCACCUCAAAAGAGCUCAAAAAGUGUAUAGUUAAGAGAAACGUUAUGUUCUGAAUCAAGACAGGUCCAAUACAUCAUAUUUCCUCAAUACAUUGGAGACGACAUCCUAAAGUACCAUCUGAGCAGUAGGUUGAUGGGAUUUCUUGAUCGGGUUGGUUUGCAUUGGACAGUUUUUAAUGAAAUUAUUUGUGCGUAUUUUCCACCCUGCAGGCACUCUAAAACAUUAUUUAAGUGAAACAAUUUACUAAUAUUAUCUAUAUUUCAUUACAAAAUGUGAAUACAUAUGUCGUGUUUCUUAUAGCUAAUACUAUAUUAUAUUUUGGGGAAUCUUAAGUAAUUUUACAUAUAAACAUUUCCCAUUAUGGCUCAAUCUCACCCCCGUGGCUUAAUAUCACCUCGGCAGACGGUGUUAUUCUCGUUACUACAGUGAAUACGAAAAUUUAUUUGAAUUGUGAAUUAAAUAAAUUAAAAUUAUUUGUUUUUUAAAAGUU